AUGGCCUCACAAGUCUUGGUAUACCCGCCGUAUGUUUAUCAAUCUCAGUCAAGUGCCUUUUGUAGUGUGAAGAAACUCAAAGCAGAGCCACGCAGUUGUGUGUUCCAGGAAAGAAGCUAUCCCUGGACUUGUGUGAACGGUGGAGACUUGGGAAGUUCUUACCCACUCACGAAGGGUGGUGCUUUUCGGACAAAGCUACAGCUUAGCAGGCCUCGAGGACACCACAGCUUUUCGCUACAGACAAGUGCUGUCGUUGGGAAAACCGCUGCAGGUGCUACCAAGGUCCUGGCGGCCCCUCAGGCCGGGCCGGGGCGACCUCGGGUCCAUUUCCUGGAGGGGCCGCAGCGAUGUGGCUUGAAGCGCAAGAGUGAGGAGCUGGAGAGCCACAGCAGCGCGAUGCAGAUUGUUGACGAGCUGUCCAUACUUCCUGCCAUGUUGCAAGCCAACAUGGGAAAUCCAGUGACAGUGGUGACGACUGCCACGGGAUCCAAGCAGAGUUGUACCACCGGAGAAGGUGACUACCAGCUGGUGCAGCACGAAGUCUUGUGCUCCAUGAAAAAUACUUACGAGGUCCUCGACUUUCUGGGUCGAGGCACCUUUGGCCAGGUCGUUAAAUGCUGGAAAAGAGGGACAAGUGAAAUUGUAGCUAUUAAAAUUCUGAAGAAUCACCCUUCUUAUGCACGCCAAGGUCAAAUAGAAGUCAGCAUAUUAGCAAGGCUGAGCACCGAGAACGCCGAUGAGUAUAACUUUGUCCGGGCUUAUGAGUGCUUUCAGCACCGUAACCAUACUUGCUUAGUCUUUGAGAUGCUGGAACAAAACUUGUAUGACUUUCUGAAGCAAAAUAAGUUCAGUCCCCUGCCACUGAAAGUGAUCCGGCCCAUUCUGCAGCAGGUGGCCACUGCACUGAAAAAGUUGAAAAGUCUGGGCUUAAUUCACGCCGAUCUUAAGCCAGAGAACAUUAUGUUGGUAGAUCCCGUCCGGCAGCCGUACAGGGUGAAAGUGAUCGACUUUGGGUCGGCCAGUCAUGUGUCAAAGACUGUUUGCUCCACAUACCUGCAGUCUCGGUACUACAGAGCUCCAGAGAUCAUAUUGGGGCUGCCGUUUUGUGAAGCCAUAGACAUGUGGUCCUUGGGGUGUGUGAUUGCAGAACUGUUCCUUGGAUGGCCGCUGUACCCAGGAGCCCUGGAGUAUGAUCAGAUUCGCUACAUUUCUCAGACUCAAGGUUUGCCAGGAGAGCAGUUGCUAAACGUGGGCACAAAAUCUACAAGAUUUUUUUGCAAGGAAGCAGAUGUGUCUCGUUCUGGCUGGAGAUUAAAGACAUUGGAAGAGCAUGAGGCAGAGACUGGAAUGAAGUCUAAAGAAGCCAGGAAGUACAUUUUCAACAGUCUGGAUGACAUAGCGCAUGUGAACACAGUGAUGGAUUUGGAAGGAAGUGAUCUUUUGGCUGAGAAAGCUGAUAGGAGAGAAUUUGUUAGUCUUUUGAAGAAAAUGCUGCUGAUUGAUGCAGAUCUAAGAAUCACUCCAGCCGAGACGCUGAACCAGCCUUUUGUUAACAUGAAACAUCUUCUAGAUUUUCCUCAUAGCAACCAUGUCAAGUCCUGUUUUCAUAUUAUGGAUGUUUGUAAGUCCCACCUAAAUUCAUGUGACGCAAAUCAUCACAAUAAAGCUUCACUCCUAAGACCAGUUGCUUCGAGCGGUACUGCUGCUCUGACGGCAAAUUUUACUAAAAUCGGAACAUUAAGAAGUCAGGCCCUGACCACGUCUGCACACUCAGUGGUGCACCAUGGAAUCCCUCUGCAGGCGGGGACUGCUCAUUUCGGCUGUGGCGACGCGUUUCAGCAGACUCUGAUUAUCUGUCCCCCUGCAAUUCAAGGUAUUCCUGCAGCCCAUGGCAAGCCCACCAGCUACUCCAUCAGGGUGGACAGUGCACUUCCCCUGGUGACUCAGGCCCCCGCAGUGCAGCCCCUGCAGAUCCGACCUGGAGUGCUGUCUCAGACGUGGUCUGGGAGAAGACAGCAGAUGCUAGUACCCGCCUGGCAACAGGUGGCACGUGUGGUUCCUGCCACAACCGCACUGACUUCCGAGGGUGUUGCUGGCUCCCAGAGGCUGGGAGACUGGGGGAAGAUGAUUUCUUGCAGCAGCCACUAUAGCUCAGUGAUGCCGCAGCCUCUUCGGACCAGUCAGAUAACGCUAUCGGCCCCUCAGCCAAUUAGCGUGGGCAUCGCCCACGUCAUGUGGCCUCAGCCUGCUGCCACCAGGAAGAGCCAGCUGUGCCAGAACAGAGGUGUAUUGGUAAAACCAGUAGAAUGGGAGCCAGGAAGAGAGGAAAUAAAUGCUUUCCAUGGGAGUCAUUCACUGCAGAACACCAGCGUCCCGCAUGCAGCCUUCAUCUCUCCAAAGAUGGUACGUGGGAAGGACGUCGAGGAAGUGAGUUGUGGGGAAGCUCAGGACAGUCACACCUCAGAAGGCGACGCAAGGGACUGCUGUGACGCUCCCGUCAGGCAGGACAGACAGCGGCAAGCCAUUGUCAUCGCUGACUCGCCGAGCCCUGCAGUGAGCGUAAUCACCAUCAGCAGCGACACGGAUGAGGAGGAGGCGGCACAGAGACACUCGCUGCGAGAAUGUAAGGGCAGCCUCGACUGUGAAGCUUGCCAGAGCACGCUGAACAUUGACCGCAUGUGCUCGCUCAGCAGCCCUGACAGCACCCUGAGCACCAGCUCGUCAGGCCAGUCCAGCCCUGCCCCCUGCAAGAGACCCAACAGCAUGUCCGACGAAGAGCAGGAGAGCGGCUGUGACACCGUGGAUGGCUCUCCCACGUCCGACUCUUCAGGGCAGGAUAGUCCGUUUGCAGAGAGCAGCUUUGUGGAAGACACACAUCCUGACACGGGACUGCCGAUCUCUGACACGGAACCCAAGCCAGCUGUGUGUGCUGUUGUGGUGCCGCCAGGAGAACUCGAAAGUGGAUUAAAUGCCGAUGAGCAGAUGGCAAACACAGAUUCUCUAUGCCAGCCAUUAAUCAAAGGACGAUCGGCCCCUGCGAGGUUAACCCAGCCUUCCACAGGGAGUAAUCGUCAGCAGAAACCGACAUCAGCAUUCCAGCAGCAGCACUUGACCUUCAGCCAGGUGCAACACUUCGGAUCUGGGCAUCAGGAGUGGAACGGGAACUUCGGGCACCGGAGACAGCAGGCCUACAUCCCCACUGGCGUCACCAGUCACCCGUUCACGCUCUCUCACGGAAGCCCCAACCCCACGGCCGUGCACGCCCACCUGGCAGGCAGUGCACACCUCGGGGGACAGCCGGCACUGCUCCCGUUCCCAUCGUCGGCUGCCCUUGGGGGCGCUGCACCCGUAACCCACCUCCUGGGCUCUCCGUGCACCUCAAGACCCGUGCUGCAACACGCGACCUACGGCCUCUCCCACCCCGGCGGCGUGGUCCACCAGGUCCCGGUGGGCCUGAACCCCCGGCUGCUGCCCUCCCCGACCCUGCACCAGACUCAGUUCAAGCCCCUCUUCCCCCCGCACUCGUACAUCACGGCGUCGCCCGCGUACACAGGAUUCCCCCUGAGCCCCACCAAGCUCAGCCAGUAUCCGUACAUGUGACUCACGGAGGCCCUGUCUCGAGGAGGCGCCGCGGGACACGCGCCGGCUUCGAAUGAAGACAUGGCAUUUCAUGAUAUUAGCCAUGGCACAAGAAAAUUAUUUUUGAAUCAUGUAGACUUGGGUGCAAUUUAAACAACUCUGAGCUUUAAAAAACUCACUUUUGAUGUGUUUUGCACAUUUGGUAUACCUUGUCUUUGGUCAUGUUAUCUUCUUAUGUAGUAACUCUAGACAGGUGACUUUCGGGAGCAGAGGCCAGUUUGCUCCUGCUGUUUUUAUCAAUUGCCUUCUAACUAGUGCAAGACACGUCCACGUCGGGAAGCCAUUCUGUGUGCAGACCCAGAGCCGCGGAUGCUCGUGUGUCAGCGUCAGCACUGAGUGAGUCGUGCUCUCUGUGUCUCGUGUGUACGCGUUGGUCGCUCACCGCAGGAGCUAGUUGUGGUUCUUGCAUUUGCAUGUGUCUUCUGCAUGGGCAAGACGUCGCCUAGACUUUGCUCUUCAUGUUGUUCUAAUAAUCUCAGCUGCAUCGUAAACCGUUCCCACACAUAGUGCCUUAAUAUUUGAGGUUGUUAACGUCAUUACCUAUCUAUAAAUGUCGAGGACGGCAGCACUUAAA